AAAUAGAAAAUAAAUAUGAAUAUUCUCUCUCCUCUGAAGCUAUUUUCCAAGGGAAUUAUUGGCUGUGGAGAGGUCAGAAUGUGGGAACCUCAUUCCCAAUUUUCAGAGUCCUUUCCAUUGCCAAUUGCUUCUUUCUCUUUCAGUUUCCUUCUUCUUCUUCUUCUUCUUCUUCUUCUUCUUCUUCUUCUUCCUCUUCCUCUUCCAUGGUCGAUUUUUUUAUGACCACUGAUAAGCAAAUGGAAGAACCGAAAUCAAGGAAGCCCCGCCAACGGAGGAACCUCCAGAUGGAGGAAUUGCCCACUUUCACUAAAUGGCUAAACUCAGUCGGUCAUUCAGGUUCUUGCAACGAUGCCAAUUCCAAAUCUAAACCUGUUAAUGGCAAUCGCCCCGUUGUAAGGACCCCUGUCGUCGUUUUUGAUUCGUCAGAGGAUGGUGGGGCAGUUGUCGCCGAUGUUCCGAAGGACAGAGUGCAGGCUGUGGAUGAUUCUAUAUCUGCGCGAGCUGGUUGUUGUUGUUGGCAAAGUUCCAAAUCUACGCGGCGGGAGUGUGCAUUAAAAUUCCAUCUCUCUCUAAGGAAGAGAAAGGUGGUUACCAAUGGUUCAGAGGUAGAGGUUGUUACCGUCGUUUCGAAUCUGCGGGAGGAGGAGACGGUGGUGGCUGUCAGCGAUGUUCUCGAAAAGGACGGGUGUGGUUGCAGGUGUUUCCCAACGUUCCAGAUCUGCGGGAGAAGAAAAAGCAUAGUUGUUCUUCAAAAAGAGGAUGGAGCGGUUACCGACGAUCCGAAUCUGCGGACGGAGGAAGUGGCUAAUCGUGGUCCAGAUUUGGUGAAGGAAGAGGAAGUCGUCGUCGUCGGCGGUUCAGAUCUGCGUAAGGAGGAGGGGAGUGGUUGCUGUUGUGGACGAUGUGGAUGUUUCCCGGCGUUUCAGAUUUGCAGGAGGAGGAAUGUGGUGGCCAGCAAGGAAGAGGCGGUUGUUGAUGUUCCAGAGGUAGAAGAAGAAGUGGCUAAUGAUAAGGUAAACAAGCAAGAGGGCGAUUCAGUGGAAUGCUUACAAGCAUUCCAAUCCCACAUCUGCUGCGCAGGGAGGAAAACAGUGGACGACAAUCCAAAGACAUUCGAGAAGGAGGCGCUGGCGUCUGAAGAUUCUUCAAACGUCGACGUUCCAGAUUUGCAGAAAGAAGGGAGUGGUGGCUGCUGCAGUUGUUUUAAAUGUAUGCCGACAUUACACAUCUGCGGGCGGAGGAGGAAUGCGGUUUCCGAAGUUCCAAAUCCAGGCAGGGAAGAGAAAGUGGUUGUCUCUGUUUCAGAUCCGCCGGAGGGGGAGGAGGUGGUUGCUGCCGAUGAGGAAUGGCAUUCCAAAUCUACUCAAGGGGGAAUUUGUUGGCCAUUCCAGAUCUGCACAAGAGGAUGGUUGCCUAGGUUUUUUCUGUGUGGGGAAAGGAUCACCGUUGAUGCUUCAAAUCAUCGAGAGGAAGAAGAAAAGGCGCCUCCCGACGUUCAAAAGGAGGAGGUUGUUGCUGUCAUUCCAGAUCCUCAGAAAGAGAGCAUUGCAGUGGCUGACGGCAUUCCAGAUGACGGCAAGGAAAAACAGGUGGCUGCCGACGACAUUCCAGUUCAAAGUACGGAGGAGAAGAUGUCUGCCGGUAAGGAAGAGAAUGCGUCUUCCGGCAGCAUUCAGGAGACAUUUGAACCAGAUUUGAACCAGGAGGAUGAAGGUGGUUGCUGCCGGUGUUUCAAACUUGGGGGAAAAGAGGGUAGUCGCCGCCAACACCGCCGGAGUCCAAAAUCUAGGGAAGGAGGUUGGGGAUUCCAGAUCUGUGGGUGGCUACCAACACUAGACAUGUGCAGAGGGAGAAAGAAGGAAUCUGUUAGCAUUGCAAAAUUGCAUGAAAAAGAAGGGUUGGUCGACAAUGGCGUUUCGGAAGUUCAUAAUGAGGUGGUGGAUGCCGCCGGCGUUACGGGCGUGGUGGCUGACACCGAUCAUUCUAAUUCUACGCGAUGUUGUGGUUGUUGGCAUUCCAAACCACGGCGGAGGAGGGCGGUGGAUGUAGUUAAGGACGGCGGUAGUGGUCGGUGUUCCAAAUCUAAGCGUAGAAAAGGGUGGCUACGACGAUGGGGAAGGAAACAAAGAGAGGGAAAGGAAAGAAAGAAAAAGAAAUUCAAAAUUUUUUAAUUCUUUUUAAAUGAUUUGUUUAGCAAAAAUUAAUGGGGAAAAACAUAUUCUUUUGUCACCUCAACUUGUAUAGAAUUAACUCAAGGAAAAUGUAUGUUGACAAAAUGGGUUGGUGACUAAAAAUUCAGAAGAUUUUUUUUAUUUUUUUUUAUUUCUUGAACAAGAGUUAUUUUAACUUGCAUUCCUUUCAUCCACAUGGUUGGUGGAGAAACUUUGGUCAAGUUUACCAAAUUGUAAUAAAAAUUGGUAUAAUUAUAACGAG